UACUUGUCCAUUAUGAUGCACAUAAUAGCCUUAUGUAAUGCAUUAAAAUAAAGCUUACAGGAAAAGGUUUUUAAACACAACAUUCUUUAGUUUGUCAGGCUGAGAAAUCAUUAACUCUCCGGCAUUAGCGCACACAAACACACCUCCAUAGUUACCUCACAACACUGUGUUUGUGCUCUCAUUCAAACUCUCUCGUCCCUGAAGUUUCCUGUUAAGUUAAAGAAAUUUAUUUUUACUUCUCAACAACACAAAUUACAGUUCUUCAGUUUAACCCAUUUGCUUGCUGUAUGCAAUGUAUGUAUGUUAUUGUAGAUGAACGGUAACUGUCACACUGGAAAUAAUGGGUUAAAUCAUACAAGGAAGUACCUGUGUGGUCAUUUACAAGGGGAGUAAAGUCCGUGAGAGAAGAAUACAGAAGUAGAGAUUCCUGGAUAUGCUCCGUUUUCCUUGUGACGAGCCGGAUCAUUUUUUUGUUUUUAUUCUGAGUUUGUUCUUUGUGUGUUAGAUGUGAUCACAGAGGAAAGUGUGAAGAGCUGUUUGUGUUGUGCUGCAUCAGAGAAAUGACCAAUGAACUACGGAGACAAGACUCAAGUAGGGUGUAUGACUAUAUUGAAGGGGAUGGUUACCCUGCUGACCAGCAGUCACUAAGGUCACGACAGGUCCAGUCUCGAGCGUCCAAUCAGAAUUACCCUCAGUUCAACUGGAGCUCGACCCCUACGGAGCAGGAUGAAGAGGGCACCAGUGCACCAACCCGGGACCUCAGGAGCAUCCCUCUGCCCAUGGCCCUGAAAAGAGCUGUGCGGCAGGUGCAGCAAAUGCAGAUACCUGUGGUUUCCAGCGUCGAGUCCUGGAAACGGAGGAAGACCAAAUCUCUGCAUAAAGUCGCCAGAGAAUUUCUCUACUUUUUUACGCUGUGGAGAAACACCUUGCAAAAGAUUGGAGGGAACUUUGGAGGUGGUGUCCAGUCCUACUUCCUGUUCCUGCGAUUCUUGGUGGUGCUCAAUUUUGUCUCCUUCUUACUGAUCGCUGGAUUCGUCCUCAUCCCCAGCAUUGUCUUCAGAUCUGUUGGGGACAGCGUUGUUAACAGCACUGGUCCAGAGGAAUGCAUGGCUUAUGACCCUAAUCCUCAAGCCUUGGUGGUGUUCUAUAAUUACUUCCUUGACUUACUUUCAGGAACGGGUUUCAUGGAGUAUUCAUACCUCUUCUAUGGCUACUACAACAACACAGUGGCAGAGGACCAGAACUUCUCCUACAACAUCCCCCUGGCCUACCUCUUGACUGCUGUCUUCUACUUUGCCUUUUGUCUCAUUUGCAUCAUACAACGCAUGGGGACUGCAGCUCGAGUUGCUGUGGCAACGGGAGGCAGCGCUGUGGGCAACUACAGCAUGAUAGUGUUCACCGGCUGGGACUACAGUUGCCUGGGAGACCGAGCUACCAAACUGAAGCAGAAAAACAUCCACUACCGGCUACAGGUGGAUCUGGAGGAGGAGCGCAUAAAGAAACGGGCAGCCGCUCUGACUUUGGGUCAAAAAAUUGUUUUAUACUCACUUCGUGUCUUUAUGGCUCUUGUUGCUUUUGGGCUCAUCAUAGCAGCCUUCUUCGGCAUCUUCUUUGCCACUACCUACAGCCAGGACCAGAGUGGACAGGCGGGGAUCCUGGGUUUGAUUUUUGAGUAUCUACCUUCCAUUGUCAUCACUGCCGAAAACUUUGUGGUGCCUUUGUUGUGUGACCAGAUCGCCUUAAUAGAGCGAUAUGCCCCUGGGACUACUGUCAUAGUAGCACUGUUAAGGGCAGUGUUCCUGCGCCUGGUGAGUCUGGCUGUUCUGCUGUUCACCCUGUGGCGUCAGAUCACCUGUGAGGGGGACAUAAAUAGUAAAGACUGUAAAUUGUGCCAAUACAACUACGGUGUCUACCAGUGCUGGGAAACACGAGUGGGACAGGAGAUGUACAAACUGACACUGUUUGACCUCCUCAUCAACAUCGCUGUGCUCACCCUGGUGGAGUUUCCACGCAGGAUGGUGGUGGAUAACUGGUCCAAUAAGUUGGCUCAGUGGGUGGGUCGGCAGGAGUUUGUAGUUCCUUCUAACGUGCUCGGCCUGGUUUAUGGUCAGACUGUGGUUUGGACGGGGGCUCUUUUCUGCCCUCUGCUGCCGCUCAUCAACACCCUCAAGUUUGUCAUCCUCUUCUACUGCAAAAAGACCACACUCUUCCAAAAUUGUCGGCCAGCCCUGAAGACAUUUCGCUCCACCACCUCCAACUUCUUCUUCCUCGUGGUGCUCCUGUUCGGCUGGGGCCUGGCCACAGUUGUCAUGGUUUACAGUUUAGCUGAGAUCCACCCUUCUAUGGGUUGCGGGCCUUUCCGUUCCUUCUCCAACAUGUGGGCGAUUGUUCCAACCUCUUUCUACAAUCUCUCCAAACUAUCACAGAACUUUCUCUUCUUCAUUGGUUCCCAGGCAUUCUCAAUCCCUCUCUUUGUAUUUUCCUGUGUGGUGAUGUGUUAUUUCGCAGCUUUAGCAUCAGUUUAUGGAAAAAGUGUUGCUCUGCUAAGAGCUCAGCUUAAACUGGAGGGUCGUGACAAGCAGUUCUUGGUCAAACAGAUUGAUCAACUUCAGAAACCGAAAAAAAACAUGCAGGAGCACAAGACUGAACAUAACAUAUGGACUAUGUGACUGUAUACACCUGAUUUAUAAAGCCAACUUCAUAUAUUGUGGGCUGUGGGAUUUAGCAAUUCUGUAAUAUAUCUAAAUCAAGAGAUCAGUUUGUAAAAAGGGAAAUGAAAACCUGUUUAUAUUAUUAACCAACCUAAGGUAUGUAAUUAACAAUCCCCUUCGGACAUAUUUAAGACAUAUAA